UCUCAAGGCGGUGGCGGGCUUCGCCCGCUUGGCAGGACCAAUGUGGGAACCCCCAGGGGCUGUGGCCUGCGCCGCGGCCGUCGGCAGUGCACUCUUCCUGCUGCUCUUCGCGCUGGGGAUCCGUCAACUGCUGAAGCAGAGGCGGCCAGCGGGGUUCCCCCCGGGACCACGGGGACUGCCUUUUUUCGGCAACAUCUGCUCCCUGGCCGCCUCCGCUGAGCUUCCCCAUGUCUACAUGAGAAAGCAGAGCCAGGUGUACGGCGAGAUUUUCAGUUUAGAUCUUGGAGGCAUAUCAGCAGUGGUUCUUAAUGGCUAUGAUGUAGUAAAGGAAUGCCUUGUUCAUCAGAGUGAAAUUUUUGCAGACAGACCAUGUCUUCCUUUAUUCAUGAAGAUGACAAAAAUGGGAGGCUUACUCAAUGCCAGAUAUGGCCGAGGAUGGGUUGAUCACAGAAGAUUAGCAGUUAACAGCUUUCGCUGUUUUGGAUAUGGCAAAAAGUCUUUUGAAUCUAAAAUCUUAGAAGAAACCACAUUUUUCAUUGAUGUUAUUGAGACAUACAAAGGUCGACCUUUUGACUUUAAGCAGUUAAUAACAAAUGCUGUUUCGAACAUAACUAAUCUGAUCAUUUUUGGAGAACGAUUCACUUACGAAGACACUGAUUUUCAGCACAUGAUUGAGUUAUUCAGUGAAAAUGUGGAGCUAGCUGCCAGUGCCUCAGUUUUCCUAUAUAAUGCCUUUCCAUGGAUUGGCAUUUUACCCUUUGGAAAACAUCAACAGCUAUUUAGAAACGCAGCUGUGGUCUAUGAUUUUCUCUCCAGACUUAUUGAAAAAGCUUCCAUCAACAGAAAGCCUCAGUCACCUCAGCAUUUUGUUGAUUCUUAUUUAGAUGAGAUGGAUCAAGGUAAAAAUGACCCAUUAUCUACUUUCUCCAAAGAAAACCUAAUUUUCUCAGUGGGUGAACUCAUCAUUGCUGGAACUGAAACAACAACCAAUGUAUUACGCUGGGCAAUUCUUCUUAUGGCCCUUUAUCCCAACAUUCAAGGACAAGUUUGGAAAGAGAUUGAUUUAAUUAUGGGCCCUGACAGAAAACCUUCUUGGGAUGACAAGUGCAAAAUGCCUUAUACUGAAGCGGUUUUGCAUGAAGUUUUAAGAUUCUGUAAUAUAGUUCCAUUAGGGAUUUUCCACGCAACCUCUGAAGAUGCAGUUGUACGUGGUUAUUCCAUUCCUAAAGGCACAACAGUAAUUACAAAUCUUUAUUCUGUACACUUUGAUGAAAAAUAUUGGAAAGAGCCAGAAGUGUUCAAUCCCGAGCGAUUUCUGGACAGCAGUGGAUAUUUUAUCAAAAAGGAAGCUUUGAUUCCUUUCUCCUUAGGGAGAAGACAUUGUCUUGGAGAACAUCUGGCUCGGAUGGAAAUGUUCUUGUUUUUUACAGCGCUGCUCCAGCGGUUUCAUUUGCAUUUUCCAUAUGAAGUGGUUCCAGAUCUGAAGCCUAGGUUAGGCAUGACAUUGCACCCUCAGCCCUACCUUAUCUGUGCCAAAAGACGCUGAAAGUUAUAGAUGUUUUGGGGAAUAAGGAUGUAUGUUUCCUUACCCCUGAACCUUAUUUAAUCUAAUCAGCGUGGUGUUUGGUACGUCACAGUAUCAUAAAGUCAAAUGAACACAGAUGUGUCAUUGAAAACAGCACUAGAGCAAAAUCAAGUAUUAACAAUGAUAUUUUUAAAGCUUCUAUGACUUCUAAAGUUGAAUUCUCUAUUGAGGAGCACAAAGGUUCAUAAGAUGCUGAGGGCCAUGGAUGUCCUAAGUAGAGCCACUUAUUUGGUGUAAGUUUUCUCUCAUCCUUUCUUGACUCCACAUGGUUUCUUACCUCAUGAGAGCUUGGCCUCCAAAUGCCAAUUCCUUUUUGACUAAGUCCCAGUCCAGUUCAAUAGAAGACUGUAGAAUUAAAAUGCAAAUAAAUGAAUUUGGACUACAGUGGUAUUUAUAUAUGGUAGCAGAUGAUUGAAGAAAUAUAGAUUUAAUGUACAGUCUACCAGUUUUUCAAAUCUUGCUUCUUGCUGUGUCUUCAUAGAACUAUGUCAUUCUUCCUAUUUGUGAAGGUCUCUGUGAUCCCUGAACAUCUGUCCUUACAGCUGCAGUCAAUAAACUGGAAUUGCAAUAUGUAUUUAGAAUAAAAAAGACACAUGGA